GGUCCAAAAGUCCAAACUCUCCAACAAAGUGUUUUCACUCUGGAACAGAACCUGGUUAAGUUUGAUCCAGAUCCAGAACUCCUCUUCUGCUCUGAGGAACCGUUCACACCUGAUGUUCAGGUUCACACUGACCUGAAGAGUCAGGAGCUCUGAACCCGACCAGGUGUGAACGAGUCCUUGAAUGAAUCCUCUGCAGUCACAGACACCUUUCUUUUUCCAGAUCAAAUGGAUUUCACAGCGUUCCCUCAACCACCUGACAACUCUUCCUCCUCCUCCUCCUCCUCUGGUUUCUGUCUCUGUCCCACUGCUGCCACUCGGAUCUUCCUCCCCUCCAUGUACACACUCCUCUUCCUCACCGCUCUCCCAGGUAACGCUCUCUCGUUGUGGGUGUUCCUUCGGUGCAUCUCCACCACCUCCCCCACACACGUCUAUCUGUCCCACCUGAGUGUGUCCAACCUGCUGCUGUCCCUCACCGCGCCCUUCCUCGCCGCCUACUACGCCUGGGGCUCCGAGUGGAGGCUGAGCGGCGCCCUGUGUCAGCUGGUCCUGCACCUCAUCACCCCCGUGCUCCACAUUAACGUCUACAUCAGCCUGGUGAUCCUCACCUGGGUGGCCCUCUGCCGCUUUGCAGUCCUCAUCCAGCACACCCACGCCUCCCGGCCGAGCGCCUGCACCACCCUGCUGCCGCACACCUUCUUCACCCGCCUCCUGAGAGCCUCCUUCGCCAGAUGGGUGUGUGCGACGGUGUGGGUGGUGGCCGUGGGGGGGAUCGUGCCGGUGACAGUCUACUACUCUGUGAAUGAAGCUAUGAGCGGCAGCUCCUCAGCUGAUGGAGCAGCUGAGGAGGGAGGACGUGUGGAGGUGUGCUACAGUCCUGCGGUGGAGAUCGGGGGCAGUCUGUCUAAAGCGUUCAGCGUGCCUCUUCUUCUCAUGUUCUUCAUCUUCUACCUGCUGGUGCUGCUGUUCUACAUGACCCUGCUGAGGCACCUCAGGCGCUCACGCCACGGUUCAAACAUCUCCACCUCCCAGAGCCUGCUGGGUCGAGCCCUUCGGAACAUCGUCAUCAUACAGGUGGUUCUCUCAGUUUGUCUGCUGCCGUAUCACAUCUUCAAACCCAUCUUCAUCUCUGUGGCUCAUCAUCAGCUCACGUCUCCACCGAACACCCCCACCCACUGUCACCCUCUCUCCACCCUCAUCGAGCUGAAGAACUGCCUGCUCCUCCUGGCGACACUCAGAGGCUCAGCCGACCCUGUGAUGUACUUCCUGUUGGACAAAACCUUCCAUCACCAAACCCUGCUUCUGUUAGGAUGCAGCCGGAACAAGGGCCGAGGCAAAGAGGCGCCGGGGUCGGACACAGGAAGCGCCGGUCACAAGGGACAGGUGGGAGGGGGGGGGGAACUUAGCCUCGGCGACCGGGGACUUGAGUCAUGAAAGAGUUUUGUAGAUAGAUAGAUUUUAAAACCUGGCAGAAGAAUCGAUUCAACCUGGAAAGUUAUUGAAGUCAUUUGACCCGUGAAUAAAGUCGACUUAUAUAUUUAUAUGAAAUGUUUUCAUCCAAAGACAUAUGUUGCCAAAUCCUUUUUUAAAUGUGAAAUAAAAUCUGUGAUUUAUUA